AUGUCUUUUAUAAAUAACUUAAUUUUCUUUUCGGUUUUUAUUGUUAUAAACUUUGUGCUGUCCAUUAAAGCUGAAGAUUGUGACGCAAUGUCGAAUUUUUUCUUGGAAAAAAAUUUAAUUAUGUUUAACGCAGAGGAAUCUGUUGUAUUUCUUCCCACAUUAUUUAAUUAUAAUAAGUUUAGGGAAGCUGAGUGGAAAACACCGACUUGUGUAGAAGGCGAAGAUUGUUAUAUAAGAAACGAAAUUAGUUUUAAUAGUAAAAGAGUACAGUCACUCUCAAAAACUAAUUUGGCCAUAAGUGAUGAAGAAUUAUCCAAAGCCGUUUACAAAAGUCUCGUUGAUAACAAACUCUCAAGCGAUGUACUAAGUGUUUCUCCUGACAGAUACACUGUACGUACAAACGCUAGAAAUUCUAUAGCCUUUUCAUUAGAAUAUGGCGUCAGAUAUAACAUAUUGAAAAAUAAUAAUUGUAUAAAUUUCAUGGUUCGAAAUAAAGAAUCAGCGAUAUCAGGGUUGAUUUGCAAAUUUAUGUAUACCACUGGUGUACGAUACAACAUUAAAUGUGAAAAAGUCAAAUUGUUGUUAAUCCCCAUCGAUGAAAAUGGUUAUGCCCAAUGCGAGACAAUAUGUACAGAUUAA